AUGAACUUCUUCUUUCAUCUUUGCUUCAGCAUCUUGCUGAGCAGAACAGCUGCAUACCAUGAAAUAGUUUCAGAUUCUUCCGGCACUUACUUAAAACCAGAUUCAAGUCCAAACAAUAGAUUGGAUACCACAGAUCUAAUAGAAGCUGAGUAUGAUUCUACUGAUGAUAAUUACAUUAUUGGUGGUCUUGGAAUAGGCCCUGCAAACUUCUCAAGCUGUUCCGAUAAAGGAAUUUGUUCCACAUGGGGGAACGAUCAUUUUUUUACCUUUGACAAUGAUCUCUAUGAGUUCAGAGGAUCCUGCAACUAUAUUUUUACUACUGUCUGUAACAGUAACACCCCUGAAUUCAACGUCCAAGUUCAGCGAUCCAGUGGGUCGUCCAUUACAAGAAUUAUGAUACAGGUUGGAACCAUCAAUGUGGUCGUCAGUGGAAACACCAUAACACUCAUGGGAAAGAAAAUAAGUUUACCGUACUCCACAAGUGGAAUUGAACUUUUCAAAACUGGAGCCAUAACAAAACUUUUUACUAAACAAAAAGGAUUUGAGCUAAUAGUGACCUGGAGUGGUAACAGCAAUCUUAUGGUGGAAUUAGACAGGAAAUACAUGAAUAGAACUUGUGGACUUUGCGGAAACUUUAAUGGCAUUCACAAAGAUGAUUUUGUAGCGAACGGAAAAAUGUUGACACCUUAUCAAUACGCCAACUUGCAACAGAUGGAUGAUCCUAAUGAAAUUUGUCCUCUUCAUGUGCCACAGAUAAACAGCUUAGAUAGCAAACAAUAUGUAAGUGAAUGUUUAGAUCUUCUGCAGCAAGUUUCCUCUGAAUGUCUGGUAGACAAGACCCAAUUUCUAAAAAGGUGCCAACAAGACCUGCAACAGUGUGAUGUUCCUGGAGACAAAAACUGUGCAUGUGCCACCCUCUCAGAGUACUCCACCAGAUGUGCCCUUUGCUUCCAACCAAUAAACAACUGGAGAAACAAGAAUUUAUGUCCUUUGGACACAUGUCUGUCCAACCAGAUUUAUGAAGAAUGUGCAAGUCCAUGUAGUCCUACAUGCUCCAACCCCCAAUACACCUGUAAUUCACACUGCGUGUACGGAUGCUUCUGCCCACAAGGCACCGUCCUUGAUGACCUCUCCAAAAAUUUCACCUGUGUCUCUGUCAGCGACUGUCCUUGUUUUUAUAACGGACAAGUCUACAGCCCAGGAGAUCAUAUAAGCACCGAGUGCAGUCUUUGUGAGUGUCAAAUGGGUCAGUGGAGCUGCGAUAACACUCCUUGUCCAGGUAGAUGCUCCAUAGAAGGUGGCUCUGUUGUCACAACAUUUGAUACGGACACAUAUCGAUUUCAUGGAGCUUGUGUUUAUGCCCUUGUCACGAGUUCUAACUUUCCUGAUGGAGGAAGUGUGAUGGGAACAUUUGAGAAGUGCGGAGUGAGCUCUUCAGAAACUUGUUUCACCAAUGUUAUCUACACAUCUUCAAGUGGAGUAAUAAUGCUAUCAAAGCAGGAACAAAUCACAGUCAAUGGACAGAUAAAGGAACUGCCAUAUGUUACAGAUGAUAUUAUAGUGAUAAGAGUGUCCUCCACAAACAUCCUCCUCUUCACAACAUUUGGCCUUGAGAUUAUGGUGCAGAGAGUCCCUGUCUUCAGUGCCUACAUUAAGUUGAAAAGAGAUUACUUUGGAAACACCAAAGGUCUGUGUGGAAACUUCAAUGCUGAAACUAAGGAUGACUUCCUUUCCAGUUCUGGGAUCGUAGAGGGAACAGUGACAGUGUUCGUAGACUCCUGGCGGGCAGCUACAAACUGUAAACCAGCUGAGAAUAUGGAUGUUAACCCUUGCUCCAUGAGUAUAUCUAAUGAACUAUAUGCACAGUCACAUUGCUCUGUUCUGGUCAGCCACGGAACUCCAUUUCAAACAUGCCAUUCCAUGGUGGAUCCAGACCCUUACUACAAGGCAUGUGUCUACGAAGCUUGCAAUUACCAAGAAACGGUUAACUUCAUUUGCUCUUCUCUGGGAUCUUAUGCCCGGGCCUGUGCUGCCAAAGGAAUCCUCCUAAACGACUGGAGGACCUUCACCAAUUGCACUAUUAACUGCAGUGAUAACCAGACCUUCAGCUAUGAGUCUACCCCCUGUGGUCGGACCUGUCUCUCUCUUUCUAAUAUGGAGCUGGAGUGCUACCCCAUUGACAUCCCAAUUGACGGCUGUAACUGUCCUCUGGGACUGUACCUGAAUAGCAAACGGCAGUGUGUUCCAAAAUCACAAUGUCCCUGCUACUUGGAUGCAAACACUAUCGUAAUGCCCAACCAGCAAACCACCUUCAAUGGUCUCACAUGUUAUUGCGUCAGUGGAAGACUCAGCUGCAUAGGAAAACCAAUGGAUUUUUUAGAAACUUGCAUGGCUCCUAAAGUAAUGAAGACCUGUGGGUCCCUGUCUGAUAAAUUCGGAGCAGCUUGUGCCCCAACAUGUCAGCUUCUGGCUACUGGUAUCCGCUGCGUACCCACUAAGUGUGAGGCUGGUUGUGUUUGCCCUGCUGGGACGUAUGAGGAUCUUGAUGGCAGCUGUGUAGAAGAGAGCGAUUGUUCCUGUGAAUAUGGUGGCAUCAUUUACAGAAGUGGAGAGUCCAUGUUUGGAGAUUGUCAAAGCUGCACCUGCAGCGGAGGACAAUGGCAUUGUGAGGAGACUCCGAACUGUUCCUCCACCUGUAUGAUGUUUGGGGAGAGUCACAUCAAAACAUUCGACGGACAACAAUACUUGUUUGAUGGGAACUGUGAAUACACCUUAGUCACUGAUGGAUGUGGAUUGAACACAUCAUCGUCUUCAUUUAAGAUAGUCACAGAAAAUGUCAUUUGUGGAACCACUGGAGCAACCUGCGCUCGGUCAAUGACAGUCACCAUUGGGAACAUAGAGCUAAAGUUGUUUGAUGGAAAAUAUACCAUCUCCCAUGAAACACCCGAUGUGGAUAUUGUAGUACAGAACAACACCCUCUACAUCAUGUUUGAUAUCACUAUCCCUGAUAAGUUCUACAUCUCACUCACCUGGAACAAGAAUAUGAAUUUGUUCAUCAAGAUAUUAAAGCUUGGCAAGGAAUCAGUAUGUGGUCUUUGUGGAAACUAUAAUGGAAACAUGAAUGAUGACUUUGAAACAAGAAGCAAAUAUGUGGCUUCUACUCAGCUUGAGUUCAUAAACUCAUGGAAAGAUAGACCAACAUGCAUGGAUGUCAACGCUGUCGUAGAUCCCUGUGGACAAAAUCCACAACGGAAGAGCUGGGGUGAAAAGAGUUGUCAAGUUCUGAAGUCUAAACCUUUUGAGGCCUGCAAUAAAGUGGUGAAUCAUCAAAAAUACUUUCAGGCUUGUCUAAAUGAUGCUUGUGCAUGUGACACAGGAGGAGACUGUGAAUGCCUUUGUGAAGCUGUCCAAGCCUAUGCUGCAGCAUGUCUUAGUGCUGGAAUUUGUGUUGACUGGAGAACACCAGAUUUUUGCCCCGUUUACUGUGACUAUGAAAACACACAUAUUAACACUGGGAAUGGAAAUGGAAAUGAAAUUAGUCCAGACAUAAAUUGCACAUGGCACUACCAGCCUUGCCAGUGUCCAUUUACUCCUCAGAACUAUCCUCAUCAAAAUAAUGAAGGAUGCUACCAAUGCGGCCAUGACAAGUACUAUGAUCCAGUCAAAAAGACAUGCGUCCCUUGUAAACCAGCACAGUACAUGUCUGAACCAUCAACUACAACAUCAGUGCCAAGCACAGCGCCUACAUCAACCCCAACUUCAACAUCAAGCACAGUUCCAGGUAAAAGCAAAGAAUUAAGUUCAAAUUACCAAAUAUUGCCAAGUGUGUGCUUUUUGUCUUGA